AGAAGCUGCUGUUUUUAGCCUGAUAUGCACACUCCUGAAGCUCCAUCCUACUUUCAUCACACUUCUCAGAACACAGUCCCGCCACAAGCCUUCAGCAGAAGAGCAGAGGAAGAGGUGUUUCCAUCCAAAAGUACCGAAGCCAUCACCGUGCACCCUCUAAUCCUGUAAAGGUCUCUCUUCUGACACAGCCCAUCUUGCGCCAAUUGCAGGCACGGCAUACCGCCACGUUUCACCCUGCAGCAGCUGGUAUCCGGGAGCACUCUCCAAGCCAGGUUUCUCAGUCUGGGCUGUUUUCGUAUUGACUCACUUCGAGAUCGCUGUGUUUCAGUGCUGAAUUCAGAAGGUUUGUGAGUGCAGCCUGUAACUGCCUGCCAUUUGGAAGGUUACCUCUCUGCAUCCACUAUCAACCUGCGUUGCUUUCAGUGUGACCAAGAAGAACUCAGUUUCAUUUUUUCUGGAGAAAAAGUGAGAAGUAACUCAAGGAAAUGAAUCUCAUGUUUUUUUUGUUAAUUUUUAUAACUGAAACAGCCACAGAGAAGCUGUGUCCUCUUCGUGCCUCCAUUGAUGUACUAGAAGGGGAGUAUUUUUACCUUUGUUUUCCUGAGUCAAAACUACAACAUUCUUGGAAAGAAGAAUACACAAUAAACUGGUACAAAGAAAUUGCUGGAAGGCAGAAGCGAAUAAAUGAAACACACAGAAUUGUAUCCCAAAUGAAUUUUUUGGAGUUUUGGCCAGCUGAACUUGGUGACUCUGGGAAUUACUUUGUCACUCAAAGCAGUGGAAAACGAAAUUUCACAAUUCAAAAGUGGACCUUGAAUGUACUUGAAAGAAAUAGAAGCAGCUGUUUCAAUCAAAAUCAUUUAACAACUGAAAUUCAAAAUGCUGGAACUGGUCACUCACUGAAAUGCAAUGAUCUGUCUGUCAAUGAAAAUGACAGCAUAACAUGGUAUAAGGACUGUAAGAACUAUGAAAAUGAGAGGGGACGGGAACUGGAUUUUAAAACCUUAUCAGUUCAGCACUCUGGUAUAUAUACCUGCAAAAUUUCCAUCAGUCAUGAAGGAAAGCUAUACCACAGCACCAAUACAAUUAGGCUGGUAGUAGAAGAAGAUGCACCAGAGAUUGUAACUUUGGAGAUAGUUGGACGCAAUGAAGAAAUUCAAACAGAAAUAGGUAAAGAAGAGACACUCAACUGCACAGGUUUCUUGGGUUAUUAUAUACAAGAAGAUGCCAACCUCUACUGGUGGUUUAAUGAUACAUUUCCCAAAAAAUGUUCAGGUAUUCCCGAAGCUGAUCCACCAAUAUGUGAAGAAGAUUUAAAAAAGUCACAUUUGGGAAACAAGUUUUAUAUCACAAGGCUUCUACGGAUUAAAAAAGUAAGAGAGGAGGACUUGAAUCACAAUUUCACCUGCACACUGCAAGCCGAUGAAAUAAUGCACAUAAAAGUAGUGAAACUGAAAAAAGGAAAUACCCGCGAUCUGCCUAUGCAUAUAUUUACAACUGGAAUGAUCCUUGCUGUACUGUUUCCAUGUGUUGCGCUGGCUGUGGCAGUUGUCUGUGUGAUUUUCAGAGUAGACUUAGUUCUAUUCUACAGGAACAUAAGCCAAAGAGAUGACACUGCUGGAGAUGGAAAAGAAUAUGAUGCUUUUGUAUCUUACCUGAAAGACUGUGUUUCUACUAGUAAAGAAGAGAGAGAAUUUGCUUUGAGGAUAUUACCAAUGAUAUUAGAAGAAAACUUUGGGUACAAGUUAUGUAUAUUUGAGAGAGAUGUAUCUCCUGGAGGAGCUGUUGUUGAUGAUAUCCAUUCAUUCAUUGACAAAAGCCGAAGAUUAAUCAUUAUACUGAGCCAGAACUACAUUUCUGACAGAGUCAUAUAUGAACUUGAGAGUGGACUGCACAAAGCUCUAGUAGAAAGGAAAACGAAGAUUAUAUUAAUUGAAUAUAUGCCUAUAAGUGACUACAAUUUCUUGCCAGAAUCACUGUCUCUUUUGCCAUCAAAGAGGAUAGUGAAAUGGAAAAAAGAUAAAUCUCUCCCCGUGAAUUCCAGAUUUUGGAAGAACCUUCGGUACCUAAUGCCAGCAAAACCUACCAAGUCAAACACCAAAGGACACUGUCUGAAUCUAGAUCGAGGUUCAGAAGGGACUCAACCAUGGGGUGGAGGCUGUGACUUUAAUACAGUUAUAUAGGAAUUCUGGAGAUGGAAUUUGCUGCAGAAAGCUACCAGCUUCAAUAAAUUCAAAUAGAAAACACACACUGCAAUUACUUUUGAGAGACAGUAUUCAUAGCAGUCUGAGAUUUGAGAAGAAUGUAAGAAUCACCACACUGGGUAGAAUCAUGUUAACUCCAAUACUAAAUUAUAUCCCAAAGGAUGUUUCCUCAGCAGUCUGCAUAAGGAGCUUAACUCUUAUUCCGCAACAACUGCAUUGUGUAAACUUCUGGUAUUAUGUUUUCCUACUUGUAGAAUGACGUUGGUUAAACUUGCAUAUUUCUGAUAUUUAGGUGCUUUUGGUUUUGGUAUUUUCUAAGGGUCCUGUUUGGAAGUAAAAACAAAUGGCUCCUACUCUGGAAAGUCUGGCAGAUAGGCCUUGGGCAGCGCUGAGCAGAGAAGUGAAUCAGGCUGUCUGUAUUCACUGCUGAGCAAUGUGCCAUGGUAAAAGGAGACAAGGGAAAAUAGGACUAUGCAUACAUAAACUAACAUCAGUUCUUAUUGCUCUUAGGUCCCAAAUUGCUGAUUUUAAUCAAGGCUUAGAAAUGCCUACUUUCUGUUUGCCACACUAGAGAAAUGAGGCUACUAGUAAGGCUUUUAUAGACUGUGGUUCUUUUGGUUUUCCUGAUGAUGUUUGUGUCAAUAUAUAUAUGAAUUGACAUGAUUGUUAUUUUGAGAUCAUUUCAGUGAUUCCUUUAACAUUUUUGUACCAUUUUUUGCACUUAAUAAAAAUUUAUU